ACUCGGAAGAGGCAGAAGCCUGUCAAUGAGACAGAGAGUGAAGAAUGUUACCGGUCGCCUUUCCGGAAGCCUUUGACUCAGUUGACCAACAGGCCUCACUGCCUGGAUAGCAGCCAACAUGAGGCUUUUAUCCGCAGCAUUUUGUCCAAACCCUUCAAAGUCCCCAUUCCAAAUUAUAAAGGGCCGCUGGGCUUGCGCACGCUGGGCGUCAAGCGGGCAGGGCAGAGGAGUCCUCUCCACGAUCCUUUUGAGGAAGGAGCUCUGGUUCUGUACGAGCCCCCGCUGCUGAGUGCCCAUGACCAGCUAAAAAUAGACAAGGACAAAGCACCUGUCCAUGUUGUGGUGGAUCCUGUCCUCAGCCGUGUUUUACGGCCCCAUCAGAGAGAAGGAGUGAAAUUCCUCUGGGAAUGUGUGACGAGCCGACGGAUCCCUGGGAGUCACGGCUGUAUCAUGGCAGACGAAAUGGGGCUGGGCAAAACCCUGCAGUGCAUCACGCUCAUGUGGACUCUUCUCCGGCAAAGUCCAGACUGCAAGCCUGAAAUCGAGAAGGCCAUGGUGGUGUCUCCCUCCAGCCUGGUGAGGAACUGGUACAAUGAAGUGGAGAAAUGGCUGGGGGGAAGGAUCCAGCCGCUGGCCAUUGAUGGAGGCUCCAAGGAAGAGAUUGACCGUAAGCUAGUUGGGUUUAUGAACCAGCGUGGCCUGCGAGUGCCGUCACCCAUCCUGAUCAUCUCCUAUGAGACCUUCCGACUCCAUGCUGAGGUGUUACGGAAGGGCAGUGUUGGCCUGGUCAUAUGUGAUGAGGGCCAUAGACUGAAGAACUCUGAAAACCAAACAUACCAGGCUCUCAACAGCUUAAAUACACCUCGCCGAGUCCUUAUCUCGGGCACCCCCAUCCAGAACGACCUGCUGGAGUAUUUCAGCCUGGUGCACUUCGUCAAUUCAGGCAUCCUGGGGACUGCACAGGAAUUUAAAAGACAUUUUGAAAUCCCCAUCUUGAAAGGCAGAGAUGCGGAUGCAAGUGAAGCUGAGCGACACAAAGGAGAAGAGAGGCUUAAAGAGCUGAUCAGCAUUGUGAACAGGUGUUUAAUCCGAAGAACCUCAGACAUCCUGUCCAAAUACCUGCCGGUGAAGAUUGAGCAGGUGGUCUGCUGCAGGCUGACACCUCUGCAGGCUGAGCUGUACAAGAACUUCCUGAAGCAAGCCAAGCCAGUGGAGGAGCUGAAGGAGGGCAAAAUCACUGUGUCAUCUCUCUCUUCCAUCACUUCCCUGAAGAAGCUCUGCAAUCACCCUGCUCUCAUCCAUGAUAAGUGUGUGGAACAGGAAGAAGGUUUCAUGGGAGCCCUGGACUUGUUCCCUGCUGGCUACACCACCAAGUCUGUGGAGCCCCAGCUUUCAGGAAAGAUGCUAGUUUUGGACUACAUCCUCGCUGUUACAAAAAGCACCAGUAAUGACAAGGUGGUUUUAGUGUCUAACUACACUCAGACGCUGGACCUAUUUGAAAAGCUCUGCAGGAACAGGAGGUACCUGUAUGUCCGUCUGGACGGCACCAUGUCCAUUAAGAAGAGAGCGAAGAUCCCCUCAAGCCCCGAGUUCAUCUUCAUGUUAAGCAGCAAAGCGGGUGGCUGCGGUUUGAAUUUGAUCGGGGCCAACCGGCUGGUCAUGUUCGACCCGGACUGGAACCCGGCGAACGACGAGCAGGCCAUGGCCCGCGUCUGGCGCGACGGCCAGAGGAAGACCUGCUACAUCUACCGCCUGCUUUCAACAGGGACCAUAGAGGAGAAGAUAUUCCAACGCCAGACCCACAAGAAAGCCCUCAGCAGCUGUGUGGUGGAUGAAGAGCAGGAUGUAGAAAGGCACUUCUCCCUUGGGGAGCUGAAGGAGCUCUUCACGUUGAAUGAGACCACCACCAGUGACACCCAUGACAAGAUCAAGUGUCGGCGCUGCGUGAACGGCCACCAGGUGCGGCCCCCGCCCGAGGGCUCCGACUGCACCUCUGACCUCUCCCAGUGGAACCACUGCGCCGACAAACGGGGGCUGCAGGACUCCGUGCUGAGGGCCGCCUGGGACGCUGCCGUCACCUUCGCCUUUCACCAUCACUCCCACCAGGAGCAGCGGGGGAUUCCCUGA